AUGAACAGCCACACUGGAGAUAACCGCAUCCGACCCCGAGAGACCAUCAAAGUCCUCUACGACUACCAACUCCAGAACGCUCCCGGGAAAUCGAUCGUUGGAGUCGAGGUCGAAUAUCCGCCCGACGGCUUCACCCCUCCCCAUCGCCAUUCAGGCGCUACCGUGAUUGCGCGCGUCACGGAAGGAACCAUACUUAGUGGAAUGAACGGGAACCAGCCAAAGGUGUAUAAAGUCGGCGAGAGCUUCAUGGAACAGCCGGGAUGUCACCACACAGUUGGAGAAAACAACAGUGGAGUGCUGAGCGCGAAGCUGCUUGCGAUCUUCGUCGUCGACUCUGAGGUUGUGAAGGGCGGGUAUGAUGCGCUCACUGUCGUUGAUGAGGAGUGGCGCUGA